AACUUUAUUAGUAUGUGUGCACCUAAUAUACAAUAAACUAAAACGAUCGCGAGUAUCAUAUUGUAAUGGCAGAGAACACGCUUGCGAUCCAUUAAGCAACGACAGUUCGAAAUUAGCGAGCGUUGGGAACAGAUGCCGGAUGAAAUGAGUGAGAAAGUCGUUGAAAUUUUAAGCGCAAAAGAAUGCGAAACAGUUGUUAGAAAUGCGCUGAAAUUAAGCUCAGAUGAGAGUACAAAACUUCUCAGCUAUGCACUUGAAAAGGGUUCGAACGAACUCGUGGGCUUUAUGGGUGAAUAUUUCAAGCUGCGCGUGCAAAUUGCAGAUGAGCAAUCACCGGAGGGUACACGAGAGCUGUGUUGUUUUGUAAAAUCGGUGCCAGUUUCGAACGAAUUGCAACGUGCUGAGUGUGAGCGCAAGAACUUUUUUCGCAAAGAGAUCUGUGCCUACACAGCGAUCUUGCCGAACAUACAAAAGUAUGCCACCACAAAACUGUCUGCUGAAUGCUACUAUACGCGGAGUGAUUUGUUGGUGCUUGAGGAUCUCUUCACUGCCCAUCUAGGCUAUCGGCAUCUGGCCAGCGAUGAGCCAUAUACGAGCAGGCAUAUCAAGCUAUUUCUCUCGCAUUUGGCACAGCUGCAUGCCGGCAGCAUUGCAUGGGAGGAAAAGGAAGGCGUUAAUAUCGGCAAGCAAUUCGGGGAUUCUCUAUUUGAACUGAUGUUGAUUGCAGAAAAUGAGUGGUACGUCACUGGCGCGAAGGGAAUAAUUUAUCUUGCGAAAAAUUACCGAAAAUUUCAAACACCAGAGAAACAAUCCCUCAUCAAUGACAAGCUUUUUGCGCUGCUUAUGGACAUGCAAAAGUACACGGAACCCUCGACCACUUCUCGUAAUGUUUACUUACAUCGUGACUCAUGGGAUCGCAACAUAUUUUUCAAGUUCAAUACACAACAUCAGCCUACUGCUUGCUGUAUUGUCGACUUUCAACAAAGCCGAUACGCGCAGCCUGGCUUAGAUAUACUAUUCUUUUUGUAUGGCCAAACCACAGCGAGCGAAAGAAAGCUGCAUAUGAAGGAGUACAUCGAGCAUUAUUUUUCCGAGUUGCAAGCGCGCUUCAAAGAGUUGGAAUUGCCGGCUGAUAUUAUUACUAAGGCAGAGCUGCUGGAAGAUAUACGUCGUGCUCAUCUGCCCGCACUCGUUAAUAUGGCUAUCACCAAGCCGCUAACAAUGAUGCCGGACGGUUUGUCCAAUAAGUGGCGUGCAGAGGAGCAAGAAAAGUUCGACUACUAUAUGAACACACAGCGUGAUGAAUUCUUUCAACGUAUCAUGGAAAUGGAUCCCACCUACGAGUCGAAGAUUAUGUGGCCCAUUGAAGAACUCAUCGAACAUUUAAUACAAAAUCCAGAUUUGUGUCAAUAAUUUUAUAAUUUUUAUUACAUUUAUGAUAUUAUAUUGUACUCGUAUUAUAUGUAUAUACUUAUUUACAUCACUUACUACAACAACAAACGUAUCAUUUCGUCAACACACUCAAAAAUAUAAUCUCGGAAUGUCUUAUCUAUUUUAAGCAGCUCAAGCACCUCUGCCACUCGAUCUACAUUUGUAUAGCGAUGAAAAGCGUCCGGAUGAUUCAAUUUCAAAUCUUUUAAGUAAUCCCCCGGUACUCGCAAAAUCGUCGCUGAUAUGCAAUUGUAUAGUGCGCCAAAGAGUUCCAAUUCUUUCAGCGACUGUUCAAGUUCGCUCCGACUAAUUUGCUCCGCUGCCGUUAGACCCUGUUGCUUCAGCUCCUCAGCGAAGUAGUUAUAGUAGCUAUCAUAGCACCAGUGUUUCAUCGUUUUUCGUUGUUGUGGUGUUAUAUUCAUAUACACGGCCAUGAGCACAUCGAUCGCGGGUGGACUAUAGCGUGCCAGUUGGUAGUCAACGAGCACGACAGGUUCUGUAUCGGGUUUAGAUUUAUGAAAAAAGAAGUUGCCACCCCAGAGAUCGCGAUGGCAGAAAACGUUCCGAUAUUUCUUGGAUGGAUUGACCAUUUCGUAUACCCUGUCCAUGUGUUGCGGCAGCUCUUCGGCAAUGAACUUCUGCAACGUCUCGCUUUGGUAAGCGGGGUGGACGCGGGCAACAGCUAAGACUGCC